GAUACUGGGAGGAGCAUAAAAGACUGCUGGGAUAGCCCUGAUGCCCCUGCACUUUCUACUUGCAGCAAUGCAGAUAUAUUCCGCAGAAUAAAUGCCAUGCUGGACAACUCUUUGGAUUUCAGUGGAGUCUGCACCACACCAAUCACAAAAGGCAAACGCGACAUCUUGCCAGACUUCCAGGACUCUGAAGAAGCAGUGGCAAGCAGGAUGCUUUUCCCCACGUCCACGCAAGAGUCUUCCCGUGGCCUCCCAGACACCAACGACCUGUGCCUUGGCCUGCAGUCGCUCAACCUGACAGGGUGGGACAGACCCUGGAGCACCCAGGACUCUGACGCUGCAGCACAAACCAGCACACAGUCCGUUCUCAGCAUGUUGAAUAACCCUCUCGGGAAUGUCCUGGGGAAGCCCCCUCUGGGUUUCCUGCCUCUAGACCCCAUUGGUUCAGACCUGUCAGAAAAGUUUUCCACGCCGACGCUGAGGAACUCGCGCCUGGAUUCCCGCUCCCUCCUGGACUCGCGCUCCAGCAGCCCCUCCGACUCGGACACCAGUGGGUUCAGCUCGGGCUCUGACCACCUCUCAGACUUGAUUUCAAGCCUUCGCAUCUCCCCACCUCUGCCCUUCCUGCCCCUCAGUGGGGUGUCAAGGGACCCCCUAAAGAUGGGAGUGGGGUCACGGCUGGAUCAAGAUCAAACUGCUCUGGCUGCAGUAACUUCCUCGCCAGCCAGUACAUCUAAAAGAUGGCCUGGAGCAUCUGUGUGGCCUUCCUGGGAUCUCCUGGACUCUCCAGAGGACCCCUUCAGUAUCGAAAGAGAAGCCAGGCUUCAUAGGCAAGCAGCAGCUGUGAAUGAAGCAACCUGCACCUGGAGCGGGCAGCUGCCUCCCCGGAACUACAAGAACCCCGUCUACUCCUGCAAAGUGUUCCUAGGAGGUGUCCCCUGGGACAUUACGGAAGCUGGACUGAUCAACACCUUCCGUGUGUUUGGCUCACUGAGUGUGGAGUGGCCUGGUAAGGAUGGCAAACACCCACGCUGCCCUCCCAAAGGGUAUGUUUACCUGGUGUUUGAGUCGGAGAAGUCUGUGCGUGCUCUGCUCCAGGCAUGCUCCCAGGACCUCCUGAGUCCUGAUGGCCUCAGUGAAUACUACUUCAAGAUGUCCAGCCGCAGGAUGCGCUGCAAAGAGGUACAGGUGAUCCCAUGGGUACUAGCAGACAGCAACUUUGUACGCAGUCCGUCGCAGCGGCUUGAUCCCAGCAAGACUGUCUUCGUGGGGGCUCUGCAUGGGAUGCUGAAUGCAGAGGCCCUGGCAGCCGUCAUGUUUGACCUGUUUGGAGGGGUGGUCUACGCUGGCAUUGACACGGACAAGCACAAGUAUCCAAUUGGGUCUGGCCGCGUUACCUUUAACAACCAGCGCAGUUACCUGAAGGCGGUGACAGCUGCGUUUGUGGAAAUCAAAACGACCAAGUUUACUAAAAAGGUUCAGAUAGAUCCAUAUCUAGAAGACUCCAUGUGUCAAGUCUGCAGUGCUCAGCCAGGCCCUUUCUUCUGCAGAGACCAGAUCUGCUUCAAGUACUUCUGUCGCUCCUGCUGGCACUGGCAGCACUCCAUGGAGGUCCUGCGUCACCACCGCCCGCUGAUGCGCAACCAGAAGAACAGAGACUCCAGCUAAAGAGGCCGCCGAGGCUCGGGGGCCGCCGCAGGCGCAGGAGAAAGUCCUUUUGUUAACCUGCCAAGUGGAGAGCGCACGAGCGUGCCUGCUGGUGCCAGACCCAGGCUGGGAACGCGCUUCCUGAGGACUAAUGGGGAAAUCUUACAUUCACGUUUGCACUUGCUGGUCUUUUUGUUUCUGCACUAAUGCACAGUGAAUUUUGUCGGGUUUUGUUUGGGGGUUUUUGAGGGGGGGGAGCGCCCCUCAAGCGAUUCUGCAGUUCCCAGACUUUGGUUCCUAGUUUGCUGACGAGAAGCAAAAAGGGCCGCGUGUUGAGAAGGUGUUUAUGCAGAUGCCUUCACCUAGGUUUUUUAUUUAUUAAAGGCGCUUUUUUACAUUCCUUGCAAUACUGAUGGUAAUAAUGCAGGUCUCAUUGGCUCCAUUUUUUUGCAGUUGCCAUACAGUGCCUUUCCAUUCAUUUAACCCCCAUCUGAACGGCAUAAACUGAAUGUUCAGCUGGCGUUUUUUACUGUAACAACAAGGAGACUUUGCUCUUCAUUUAAACCAAAUCAUAUUUCAUAUUUUACGCUCGAGGGUUUUUACCAGUUCCUUUUUACACUCUUAAACAGUUUUUAAGUCGUUUGAAACGAGAGAUUUUUCUUUCCUGGCAGCUUUUAACAUUAUUGCAAUUUGUGUCUGGGGGCUGCUGGUGGGAAGUUGUAAAUCGAGGGGGUUUGCAACGGAAGAGGACAGGAUUUUUUGGAUUUGAAACUGGACCGGAUAAACGAUCUGAGCUGCUGUAUAUAGUUUUAAAUAGUUUGUUGCACUUUUUUAAGUUGCACUUAAGGGGGGUUGAUAGAGGUUUUUAAUCACAAAGUCACAGGACUUAACCUUUUCUUUUGUAACUAGCUAAAAAAGGGCUGCGUUUCGGUGGACAGAUGAAGGUUCAUAGGAGCCCUUUCUCUUAGAGGGGACAAGUACUUUUUCCUUUUGUUUAAGAAACGUAUGAAGUAACAGUGCAGUCGACUGAAAUGCUGCUGGGAUUUGAGGACUUUACAAUUAUUAUUAUUAUUAUUAUUAUUAUUAUAUCUUUUUUUUUACUUUCCCCUCUAGCGGAAGCUGUGUGCCAAAGAACCAGUGUCAUAAUCUCUCCUUCUUUCCUGCUGAGCUGAUGUUGCAUUGUUGCAUAUCCCAGCUGCUCUUUGUGGGUUUUCGUGAAGCUGUGUGUGAAGUCUCUACCUCAUUGUAGUAUAUGCAGGCAAGACUGCACUCUCCUACAGACGCGUGGAGUAAGCUGUGGUGUAGUUUUUGGCACAUAAUAAACAC